AAAAGAAAAGGGAAGCAGCGGCGCGGCGAGGUCGCCGCUCCCACCGGAAAUGGCCAAUUUUUUAACGUUUCUAUUUAGUAUUAUAUAUGGCUAUUCACCGAAUCACUGAUCCCAUCUCCUUCUUUGUCAUUGUGGUCUUUCUGGACCAGAUCCACAUUGCAUGGCUCAAUCAAUCCCGCCAGUCGGAAAGCUCCAAGGGAAAGUCGCCCUCGUCACUGGCGGAGCCAGCGGCAUCGGCGAGACCACCGUCCGCCUCUUCGCCAUACACGGCGCUCGCGCGGUGGUCAUCGCCGACAUCAUGGACGACAAGGGCCAGAAGCUCGCCGAAGCCAUCGGCUCAAGCCAAAGCCAAUGCGCCUACCGCCGCUGCGAUGUCACCGACGAGGACCAGGUCAAAGCCGCCGUGGAGUGGACGGUCACGACCUACGGCCAGCUUGACGUCAUAUUCUGCAACGCCGGCAUCGCGAGCCCCUCCGACCAGGCUUUGCUGGAGCUCGACUUCGCCGAGUUCGACCGGCUCAUGGUGGUGAACGCUCGCGGCGUCGCGGCGUGCGUGAAGCACGCUGCGCGAGCCAUGGUGGAGCGGCUCGUGAGGGGUAGUAUAGUGUGUACGGCAAGCGUGGUGGCCAGCAAGGGCGGAUGGAAGCACACGGACUACAUCAUGUCGAAGCACGCAGUUCUGGCGCUGGUCCGGGCAGCCAGCCAGCAGCUUGGCGAGCAUGGGAUUCGGGUGAACUGUGUUUCUCCGUUCAUGGUGGCAACGCCGCUGACGUGUGAUCUCAUGGGGUUGAAGGCGGAGGAGCUGGAGAAGAUGUUCGCGCCGUACACUUCAUUGAGAGGGACGCCAUUGAGGCCCGGAGAUGUCGCCGAUGCGGUGCUCUUUCUGGCUUCGGACGAGUCGAGAUUCGUGUCUGGCCACGACCUCAAGGUCGACGGCGGGUUCGAGACUUGGUGAUCGGCAAAUAUUCUAAGAUUGAUGAUAAGUUGGUUUGGUGGAAAUAAAAUGAUGAUUGAUCUGUUUAGGGACGUUUGUUACCGGAACUGUUUUUCAAAAUAAAAUUGGCCUCUGGUUACUCUGCA